UUAAAUACUGGGUUCAACUGUUUGUUUGAUCGCAUUCAGUCAUGAUAUUUUAAUCAGAAGGCAACACUCAUCUAAAUACUUACCCAUAUAAAACCGCCAAUAAAACAUAAUAUCUACAUCAGGGAGCCAUAUACGAAAUAGACUGCAAUAGAGGACAUAAUGUGAUGGAUUGAGUCAAAUAGGAUUGCUAUAGCAAGGCUGACAAGGUAGCUUAUUACAUUAGCUGAACCUGCUAUUGAAGUGCACCUUUGGACUAUUUCAGAUACUGCAUACAGUAUAUUCACAUGCUCAGCAGUUUGAGGAUGUUUUAUGGGGGUUUUGAAGACAACGGCUAGGUUGAGGCCCUAGAUAUAACCUACACAAUAUGAAGUUCUAGUUUGAUAUAAGCCGAGGAGAUUAACCAAAUCUACACAAUGAAUGGAAUCUGGUUUUUAGCCAUCAUUCUGGAAUUUUUCUGCAUAAUCCUCAACACUUACUGUAGAGGUGUUCCAUUGUCUGACUAUAUCAGUCACUAUGAGCCUGUUAUAUAUGAUCACCAUGACAUCCAGGGACAACAUCACAGAGUUAGAAGGUCCAUACAAUCUGCAGUCGACUUACAAUUCAAUGCUCAUGGAAGGGAUUUCCGACUUCAUUUAGAACCCGACUCAACAGUUUACAGUGAGGAUCUUACAAUUGAGAACUCAAAUGGGCCAACAUUCUUCCAGCCCAAUAUAGCAUAUAGGGGUACAUCACUAGAUGAUUCACAUUCCAUUGUCCAUGGUACGAUCUCAUCCAACGGAGUCUUCACUGGGAAGAUUAAUAUACCUAACCACGACACAGGGGGUAAACGUGACACAGGGGAUGAACGUACAUCGUACACUAAUGAACAAUUAUCCUUGGGAGAACAAUACUCCAUAGAACACUCUGCUCAACACUUUAAAGAAUCAAGAAACUUUCACUCAAUUAUAUAUAAAUACUCUGACGUGACGUUUAAUCUGAAUGAUUCAUUAUGUCUGUCCAAUCAUCUCAGAUCGAAGCUGCACGAGAAUCUCAAUCAUACUAGAUCAAAAUUCAAUGAGGAUAACAUUUAUAAAAAAUUCCAAGAUAAUAUGUUAUUUGGACAAUCAACAUUGAAUAAAUACUCAAAACAGUUUAAUGAAUCACCGAGAUCUAAUACCAGGAAAAAACGUGAAAUUGUCCCCGAAAAAACGACAUGUGAGCUCUAUUUACAGGCGGACCAUCUAUUUUAUCAGUUUCAUGGAAACAAUGAAGAGACGGUCAUCGAGCAACUUACCCAACAUGUACAGGGUGUAAUAGACAUAUACAGAAUUGUCGAUUUUGAUGGGGAUGGUUCAGCUGACAACAUUAGGUUUAUCAUCAAAAAGAUCAAGAUUCACUCAGAUCCAACAGCAGAUGGCUAUAAGUUCAACGGCAACUUUGGCGUUGAGAGCUACCUGGAACUGUUUUCUGAGGAUAACUUUGACGAUUUUUGUCUUGGCUUUAUGUUCACUUAUCGUGACUUUGAGGGUGGUACUCUUGGUCUUGCGUGGACUGGGGAUACAGUGAAUGCAGGGGGUGUAUGCGAGAAAUACGGGAUAUUCAAGGGAAAUGGAAAGAGCUUAAAUACUGGACUGGUGACAGUGUUGAAUUAUGGGAAAGAUGUACCCUCUUUGGUUUCUGUUGUUACAUUUGCCCAUGAAAUUGGCCAUAACAUGGGGUCCCCACACGACCCAGAUGGAACAGCAUCUUGUACCCCUGGUGGUGACAGUGGGAACUAUAUUAUGUAUGCACGUGCGACAUCUGGUGACAAAAGCAACAAUAACAAGUUCUCAUCAUGUAGUAGAACUAAUAUGGGGGAUGUCAUGGCUGUCAAGGCCAGGUCUGCAACUGGAUGUUUUAUCGAGCCCACAGGGUCCAUAUGUGGCAAUGAUGUUGUUGAACCCGGUGAGGAGUGUGACUGUGGAUGGGACGAUGAAUGUACAGAGAUCUGCUGCAACCCACAACGCUUGAAUGCUAAUUCUCUAUCUCCCACAGAGACCCCUUGUACUUUAAAACCCAAUGCAACCUGCAGUCCAAGUCAGGGCCCAUGCUGUAAUGCUACAUGUGACAUUAUCCCCACUGCUGCUAACUUCACAUGUCGUGACGAGACCUCCUGUAAACACGGCGCUGUAUGCCUUGGGUCUAGUGCUAGCUGUCCACUUUCACCUCACAAACCGAAUCGUACAAUCUGCGAUGAUGAGUCCGUCUGCUACAUUGGUGAAUGCAGUGGCUCCAUCUGCCUUGCUUAUGGUCUGGAAUCGUGCCAAUGCAACCCCAGUGUAGCAGAUGAUUGGACAGAUGUGAAGUUAUGUCAGCUGUGUUGUAAAGAGGCUGGCGAAACAUCACCCUGCAAGUCAUCACAUGAAUGGAAUGAUGCGCCUUAUGUAGUACCAGAUCUAAUGUCACGUCCAGGGUCAGCUUGCUACAAUUACCAGGGUUACUGUGAUGUCUUCUCCAAGUGCAGAGAGGUUGAUCCAAGUGGGCCACUGAAUACAUUGAAGAACUUUCUGUUCACAAGUGAGGGGAUUGAGUCAAUGAAGGAAUGGUUGACACAGUAUUGGUGGGCAGUAGCUUUGGCAGCAGUUGGACUUGUAGUUAUAAUGGGACUUUUUAUAAAGUUUUGCAGUCCUAGAGUACCAUCUGAUGAAGAUCUAGACAAGAAAAAGACUAAUGGAAAAGGCCAGGGUCAAGGGAAAGGUCAAGGCCAAAGUAAAAGUCAAGGCAAAGGUCAAGGUCAAAGAAGAGCUCCAGGGCCAAGUUCACAAGGUCGCAGAGGGUCAAGGUCAAAUAGGGUUGGGAGUCAAGGUAGUGCUUGGGUGUAGAUCAUUAGAUAUGAAAAAAAAUGUUCACACAUAUUCCAAAAUUGAUAAUGAGGCAUAAAACAAGACAAAAUAUAAUAUUGUAAUUUUGCUAAGAAUAAACAGAGAUUAUGUAAAUAGCUCAAAUUGGUGAUGAAUAUACCAUUUAUAAAAACAUUAUGAAUAUGAGUAUGAAAAAUAAAUGCAACCUGUAAACCAUUGGUAGCAUUAUUUACAUUUAUGACAUAUAAAAAUCAAUAAAAGACAUCCAUAAACAUGUACCUGUACAAAAAGAGGGGAAUUAACUAGAAAUAAAAAUAAACAUGCAUGUGCAUGUUGGUCAUAUUUUUUUUAAAUGAAAUGAAAGAAAAAUCAAUUAAUUAAUUUUAUCUUUAGAAAUAGGAAGCAUGGCCAUUUAAAGUGAUGAGCUAAUAUUUAUUCUAUAAAAGUUUAAGUGGAUCCCUCAACAGUAAGCUAUGAAUGUGUAUAGCAACUGUUGUUAUAUAUGUAUUCAAUUUAUAUAUUUUUAGAUGAUGUACUCUAGGGGCCAAUCCUGCUUAGGGCAGUAUUGUAUAGUAAAUUACAGUAAAACCUGUCUUAAUAAA